AGCCGGGCGGGCGGUGUCGGCGGUUGGCGUGCGGCAGCGAGCGGCAGCGGGCGGGCGGCGGAGCCGCGCCCGGCGAUGAGGCACGAAGCGCCCAUGCAGAUGGCAUCCGUUCAAGAUUCCAGAUAUGGCCAGAAAGAUGCAUCUGACCAGAACUUUGACUACAUGUUCAAACUGCUCAUUAUCGGGAACAGCAGUGUUGGAAAAACCUCCUUUUUGUUCCGAUAUGCUGAUGAUUCCUUUACAUCUGCAUUUGUAAGCACGGUUGGGAUUGAUUUCAAAGUAAAAACAGUUUUCAAAAAUGAAAAAAGAAUUAAGCUACAGAUUUGGGACACAGCAGGCCAGGAGAGGUACAGAACAAUUACCACAGCUUACUAUCGGGGUGCAAUGGGCUUCAUUUUAAUGUAUGACAUCACAAAUGAAGACUCUUUCAAUGCUGUGCAGGAUUGGUCAACUCAAAUCAAAACGUACUCUUGGGAUAAUGCCCAGGUUAUUUUGGUUGGCAACAAAUGUGACAUGGAGGAUGAACGGGUAAUCUUCACUGAGAGGGGAAAACAUUUAGCAGAGCAACUUGGAUUUGAAUUUUUUGAAACAAGUGCCAAGGAAAACAUUAAUGUCAAGCAGACGUUUGAGCGACUUGUGGAUAUCAUCUGUGACAAAAUGUCAGAAAGUCUGGAGACGAAUCCCACCAUUGCUGCCAGCAACCAGAACACACAGCUGAAGGACACCCCUCCUCCACAGCAGCCCAACUGCAGCUGCUAAUGCAGCUAUCAGCAAAGGCAGCUCCAGUGUGUUCUAUUGCCAACAGAGUAUUUAUGAAUGGUCUAUAUGCCUUUAUUUAUACUGUCUUAUUAAUUUCUUUUGGAGAACAGUCUUGUUUUACAUCAGCUGUUUCGAUAUGCAUAUGGGGAUGGAGCAGUUUUUAGUCUAAAAGGAUGAUCCAUAUAUUAGAACCUGGCUUUUGCAUGCAGGGUGCAUAUUAAUUUAUCUUUUCUUUUUACUAUUUUGUGUCACACUUCAGCUGGUGCCAUGUCCUCAGACCAUGUUUGCCUAUAGUUGUCUCUCACUUCAUUGGUUUCAAGUUACAUAGUUGAAUUUUUAGGGUAGUGGUCAGGGUGUUUUGACUUAGCUUCCUGAUGCCACUUGUAUAUUUUCCUGAUUGAAAAUGAAUUUAGAAGUAUUCCUGUAGUGAGCAAAUCCCUCCUUCUACCAGAUCACUUGUACAAGGGACACUUCCUGAGCACCUUGCCUUGUAAAAUCCACACUCACUAUGUUACACAUCCUGGCUGACUGAAAACUGCAGAAAUCAGAAGUUCGGUCCUGGGCCCAAAGCCAUCAAAAUUCCCAACUCUUCAUCAACAAUUUCCAACUGGAUGUGGAUAUUCAGUCCAGAGACUCAGAAAUAUUAGGUACUUCAUCCUGUUUAGACAGCUAGUGUAUUUGCUUUUACAUAGGAGCUGCAUGCCUAGCUAAUAAUCUUCUGAAACUAGAAUUAAUUUCUCAUUCCAUCAUUAUGGAAAUCCCAGUCUUACCUACCCCUGUAGUAGAAGGCUAUUUAGCUCUUUCCAUGUCUGCCUGCAUGAGACAUUAACAAUACAGUCCUAUAUUAUGUCUGACAGAGCCAAAUCCAUUGUGUUUGGUUGUUCAUAGCCAAAAGCUGCCUUGUCACAUUGCUGUCAAACCUGCAUGCUUCAAUUUUCAGAAAUUUCAUCUCCCAUUCAGUCACUGAGACAGCUACAACCACAAUGGCUAUAAAUGUCUCUAUUUUACUCAGACCUAUUGCAGAAAUGCUGAUGGUGUCAGUGAACUGAAGUUUGACCUGAUUUUUUUUUCCUUUUUCUUUUGGCAGGAGAAUUAGGAUUUUUAAAACUUUAGGAAUAAUAAAAAAUUGUCAACAUUUCUAAUCUUAGGCUGAAUACAUUGAAGAGAUCAGCAAAAAACUGUGAAGGUAGCAGAAUAAAGUACACAAAUUCUUUUAUGGUAAAGUGUUAAAAUAGUUAUAUUUUACAGUUUUUACUCCUCUAGUAAUUGGUGGAAGUUUCUUACAUCUGUGUCCUGAAGUACUUUGUAAAACUACUUUACUUACAUCAUAGUGACCUUUUUUAACUAAGCAGCAUAACUGAAGAAGCCCUGAUUAUUUUGUUUUUCCAAUUAGACAGAAUUUAAGAUAAGGCUGAUAUUUUUAAACUGUCAGCAAUGGGAAAAAUCUGAAAAAUAAAAUAAAAGGAAGUAACACAUAGUACACUGAAUAACUCACAACUGCAAAGAAAUCCUUCUUUACAGUUUAUGUUUUUUGAAGGUAACUUAUGUAACUCCUGAUACAUAACUCACUAGGAUACAUACACACUAAGAGAAAAUGGCCACUUUAAAAAAAUUUUAUUAAAUAAUCUAAAUACACUUUGACACAAUAAAAGUUACUUCCAAACAAGGCAUUUAGACAUAUGUAAAAAGGACAUGCCAGGAGGGUUCUACCUGGGCUGCCUAACUUAAAUUAAUCAAUGCCGUCUUCAGUCUGGGUUUUUAAACCAUGUCUGUCCUGUUAGCUAGUUUAUUUAGGCAGUUUUCCCCCUAGUAGACAUGGAGACUGAUUUACCUCCGUGAAGAGAAAGCACCUUCCUUUUUAGAGUGGCAGACCAGCCAGGUGGAAGAGGUAUGUGCUGUGCAAACAAUGAUUCUUUCUUUCUCUAGGGUGCUUUUUUUUCCCUCCCCCAUUUAAGACAGCAUGUUGCUAAGUGUGCUGAGAGAGUUUCCCUGGUACAUUUUUGCACCCUAGGUGCCAGCUGAUUGGAAAAAACAAAAGCAGUACAAAGUUGAUCAAGCUUCAUUUGAGAUGGCUGCUGGGCAGUUUUCCGUGUGUUUCUUGUUAUGUCAGUGACUCCUGCCCGAGAAGGAGCAGGAAAGCCGUGAGACAGAAUUCAGCUUCUGCUCUCAAGUUAUUUAGAUGAGUCUUAGGUUGUAUUAUUAGUCUGAAACAUCUCAGGUGAGCAGGAGAGAGACAUAAUCAAGUUGUCAAGGAUUUUGGCCAUAUCCUGAAUCAUGCAGCUUGGCAAGAAUUGCAAGUAUUCUUCUAGCUUUGCUCUGAGAUGUUGUCAUCUCCUGUGCACAGUGCAAUCAGGAAAAAAGACUUCAAGGUGUCCCUUGCUGCAGUCACACUUUGCUUGUAUCCAUUGCAAUGAAUUUAGACCCUUCCUGCCUGGCUAUGAUCGUUUAGACUUGGUGGUAGAAAUACAUUAUUAGCAUAUAUCUUUUCAAACAAAUUGAGUGAUAGAUUAAAAGUUCUGUACAUAAAUGGGAUUAAUUAAUUGCUUUUCAUUUUGCAUCAGGAGUCUGGGCAGAAGAGUAGCAGCAAAAUCUAAGGAGAGCCCCUGCUUCAAGUUUCUGAGGCAACUAACCUGCUAGGCCUCCACAUAUAUUUGGCCUUCUGCAUGAGAUGGGGUGGCUGAGGGAAGCAGCUGUCAGUGUAGUGUUGUUCCUUAGAGUGCUAAAGUAUGUUAAAAGAAAAAAGCUUAUCUGAAAUACAGCAGCAGAGAAUGAGUCUGUACCUAAAACCUCUUCCAAACUUGGCACUAACACUCAGACAUUGUCAUGGAGUUGAGUCAGAUUAAUUUUUAAAAUGUUCAAAUAAAAUACUUGGAGUUUUUCAAGAUGAGACUUAAACCCUGGGAAAACCACUCAGCCCUCUCAGCUGACACUAUUUUGAGUAGAAGUUUGGAAAGGGUGACCUGUUGUGGUCCCAUCAAAACAAAUUUAUCCUAUCAUGGCUUUCUCUGAAAUUGAAAAUGUGUGAAAGUUCAAGCAGGCUUUUGCUUUCCAAACUGGGUUACCUGCUGUGGGAAAAAGUAGGUUUUGAUUUUCCAUCACAGGCUGGCUUUUGCAGUCACAUGCUUCACAGCAAUAUUGAGUUUUCUUCUAUAAAGUUGGUCACAUUUAGAUCAUAAGCAUCAUGAUCUCAGUACCUUUCUCGAUUAGAACUUACCUUUUGUAGAGAAACAGUAAAGACAGAAAAGCUUUUGAGAAGUAACUUACCAUGCCUUCCUCAAAUAUUCCAAGAAUUCUGAGGGGACUAGCAAUGUUAGAAUUUUCACUCUAUGUAAAAUUAUCCCUUGGCCUCCUAUGGGAUAGAAUAUCCAACAGCAGCCUGUGUCAAUCUGGUUCAGCUCCUCUUGACUUACAGGAUAGAACUGCAAUUUUCUUAAAUCCAGGUAGGCUGAACAUUUUUUAAGAACCUGUUGCAACUUGAUCAAGGGCCUAAAUUUAAACUAUCAACGCUUUGUUCUUCACCUAUAUCACGUACCAGGCUACAAAGCACUAUAUUUUGUGAUGGAAGAAGGGAGGGCUCAGAUGGAAACUGGGAUAGCAGGAACAAAACUACUUUCAGCCUCAUCACAAGUGAAAAAGUGAAAAAGUUCUUUCACACCUUGCAUUAACUUGUUGUACUUUCAACAUAGAAAUAAGACUGAAUGUCACAGCAAAUCAUUGGUCCAGCCAUAGAUACCCCCUUCAGCAGAGAUUUAUCCACUUGGUGAGAUGCAGCAGUUAAUACACAGAGUAUUUUAAAUCUGAGAGAUGAGAUGCCUUUGGGCAGAGAAUCCUGAGCUACAUAGUGCCAGCUGAAGCUGAACUAAUACUAUACAAUCCUUUUUCUGAGUUAUGAUCUAGACUAAAGCUUAUAGCAGCAGGCUAAUCCUGUGCAUGGGCCAUGCACCAGCCUUAUCAUGCUCUGACAAUGUGCUGCUUUCUGCACCUUCAAGAUACUGGUCAGAAAAUCCCUCGGGAGCACCCAGGAACAUGGGGAUUGUCUGGUUCCUGCGGUGCCUCGGGCAGCAACCUGACGAACAGCUAGCCAGCCCUGCUGGGUUCAACAUUCAGAUGCAUGUUUUUGAUUCUUUUAAGAGUUCAUGUUCACAAGUUACAAGUGCAACUGACUUAAUACUGUGUCUGUUAUUUUUGUGUGGUGGUGGUGAGUUUAUUUAGACUUGUUCAUUUGGUGUUUUAAAUAAAUGUGAACUAGCCUAAUUUUCUGUCAGAAAAUACUCUUUCUCUCUGAACAGCUGUGUAAGUGACUCUAAGCUGGAAUUGUUUGUUCCUUUGUGCUUAUACUUAAUGCAACACCUAGAGAAAUUACCUGAGCAACUACAUCUAUGUGGCCUUUUCCAGAGCACUAGUUUGAAAGAUUAAAUUUUCUCCCCAGUCUGCUCAGCUCAGCUGUACCACCUGCAUCUUCUUUAUUUCCGAAAUGAAGUGUUAUUUCAGGAUGCACAAAAUUUGCUGGAGUUUGAUCCUAACUUUGAGAAUGCAUUAAAUUUGCCAUUUUUAUGGGGGGGAAAAAAAGUAGCAAAAAUUCUACAUUUGGUGGUUGUGCAUUUGUUUCUUUGGAGCAGACAAAUGAUGUUGCAAUUGCAUUCCAAGAGAAACCCCCUUACAAACUCCACCGCUCCCAAGCUACUGUUUUCUAUAUUUUUUUUAGAGAAGUAAGUUUUAUUAUUUACAUUUUUACAGGCAUCACUAGAUUUCAGUUCUGAUGACAACCUGAUUCCUCCUUGGCCUGUUUCAUACAGACUCACAAUGUAUAAGCCUAGUUCUUUAGCAUGACAGAUUUAGCAAUGUGGCACCAUGAGUUUGAAGCCUCAUAGAGAUAUCCUCAGGGGGUUUAGCAACAUAUCUUCACUUAUACCAACAGGGAAAUAAGUUCUUGUUAUUUGCACCAUUGAUCCAUACAUUCUGACUCCAGAUUCUCCAAGGUUGAUCACUUUUCCAGUCUCAUUUGAAAAGGCAACAUAUUUCAAUUAUUCAAAUGAACUCUACCAGUUUUAUUUAGGGGUAAAUGUAGUUCACCUUUGCAAAUUAAGCUUUUUUUUUCCCUUUUGCUUAUCCAUGGGUGUUCAGUGAAGCAGAAUUUGUGACUACACACAUAUUAUAUGCACAUAUAUACAGUAGUGCAUCUUUGAUACUCAUUCAUUUCCCACUGUUACUUGUUUAUAUUCAGUGCCACUUUUCCCAAAUUUAUCCUUAAAUUGUCAUUACUGCUGGAAAUCAAAUGUGUUACAUUUGAAGACCAGAAGUUUAUUAACCAUGGUUCCAGCAGAGGCAGAUGGCUUGUCAUUUGUACAAUAAGGUACUUGGUAUCUGAUCUGGGGGGAAGCAAAAGUCCUGAUUUCCCCUAAUUUCAGAUUCACCUGUAACACACAAAAGUGAAGGUGAGAUAGACAUUCUUUACCACUUCUGGUGAUAAAUCUCCUCAAGUAAUUCUGACAUGUACCUGCAACUAGUGAUAUAUGAAAUGUUUGUGCUGUAACUCCUGUUUGGUAUUUUGUCAGUAAUGUCAGAUGUGUUGUGACUCUGUUGGACCGUCACAAUGUGUAACUUAUAUACUAGCAUUUGUGUAUUUCAAAUGUCUUACAUGUUGCAUGAAAAAAAUGUUAUAAAAAUAGAUAUUUUUUCUAUUUUUGAAUACCUCAAAACUGAGGAAUCAUGGGCCAAUAAGUGCAAUAUUUAAUUAUUUACUCAGUGUAUAUAAACUUGUGUGAAAGGGAGAAGCAUCAGGUAUGUGUGAUAAGCUGUUGAUGAUGCCUGUGUGGCUUAAGAUUUCUAGUAAAUGUACACGUCUUGUAGAAAUAUUAUAUAGUAAACACUUUACCAGUGUAGUGUAAGAAUAUUCUUACGUAACUUCAGCUAUUUUUCAUAUAUGAGACUAUGGUUAAAGAUAUUUGUAUGUUUACUGCAAGUGCAUGUCAAUUUUACUUUUAGAGUUCUGAGUGUCCUUUUUUGAGAAUUGUCAUGUUACACCAACACUAGUGGGACAGGCCUUCCAUCAGAAAAUGCUUUAAACCAUUUAUAAACUGUCUGCCUAUAUUUUUUAAAGCAUGUUCUCUAGAAGCAUUAAGAGAACCUGUUAGGGCUCAGCAUUUAUGGUGAGCUAAUUAUUUAUUCUUAAAGAGUUACAUGCUCUGUCUGCCUGUAUUACAUAAUAUCAUGUGGACAUGUUUUCUUUAAUCUGAUACAGUUAACUCAUAAUACUUACCUGAAAUAAUAAAUAGGAGUACCCAAUAUUCUUGCAGAUGACUUGUCAGACUUUGGUUGGUGCCCCAGUUUAGCAUGUUUGCAAACAGCUUCAAGGUCACAGUCAAUAGCAUAGCAGAGUGGAAGGUGACCUUAAUUGGUCAGUUUUGACAAUUAAGUUUCUUAACUUCUCUAGAUACUAAAGAUGGAAGAUACCUCCUUAAAGAUACUGACCCACAUUCUUUGCUGCAUUUUUACAUGGCCUUCAAAGUUCGGCAUUUCCAGUAUUAGGAAUAAAGCUAAGGUACAAAUGGAAACAAAAUGCAGGUCAGAAUCUGACCAUGAAACUAAAAGGGGACAUCCAAUAAUUUAUUUAUUCCUACUUACUUACAUAAUUCUGAUGGCUUUCUAAGAACAUGAGCAAGGCCAUCAGUACUCAGCAGCACCCUUGGGUACAUUUGGGACCUUAAACCCUGAAUCACUGAUCUGUCAUGGAUUCCCAGCUGUGCCCAUAGAGCCUACAGAAAAGCUCAUUCUGUUAAUUUUUGCUAAAUCUCCAGCUUCAAAGGCAUGUGUCAUCUGCAUUGGGAAUUUACUAAACAGAGACAGGCCACUGAGUCUGGGCCAUGGGGAAGAAUUGGGGAAUUGGUUUUGCCAGACAAUUUUCCUAAAAAAACCAUAUAUUCAUUAGUACCAUGCUAAAAGGUACAGAAGUAGAUUUUAAAUUUUAUCUGAUGCAUUUUUGUGACAAUAUGUGAGGUUUAAUAAAUUAUGGUUUUUUGUUCCUUUAUUUUGUUUUUUUUUUUAAUUUACUUGAUCUGCAAAAAAAUGAAAUUUUAAGACCUACUGAAAACCGAUAUCAAGGAUUUCCUUUCUGAUGUCAUCAAAUACAUUCUCUGAGAAAGCAAAGUAGCCAAAUUGCAUUAAGUAGCACAUGACAGUACUUGCAAUGACCUGAAAAGUCCUUAAAAAACUUCUUUUUACCUAAUGCCAUUAAAAUUUCUGCAAAAUUCUAUACACCAAGAGUGAAAUGAAAAUGUAUGUAGAGAGAAAUUUGGGAUUGCUUAGUAUGAAAAGGAAAUUCUUGGCAUCAUUGUUGCUGAACAACAAAGUAAGAGUCAGAAUAUGAAGUACCACUAAAAUGGAAAUGUACAGCCUGCUACAGGACUCCCUAAACCUUUUGUUGUUAAGUGACCUGACAGUUCAAGGGCUGGCAGAUAAUUUCACCUAGUUUUUUUAUAAUUACUCACAGGCGUGUGAUUACACAGACAAAAAUAAAUGCUUUCCUUGAUAACAUGUAGCUGUUCUGGUUCUCUCAAACCAACUUGUUUGCUGAACUGUUCUUGAGGAAAAAUUGAUGUGUUUAGGAUACCUUUGUGAGGGGGUGAGACUCAAUCUGUGCCUUCUCCCCCAACUCUUACUGCAAUAUAGCUACUGUGGUUUUAAAAAAUAUGUUAGCUGAAAUGCUGCUGGGUGAUAAAUUUUGUGAAUCUUCUCCAUAAAUCCAUGGGAGCUCUUGUCUAAAUGUUCAGUACAAGUUUUAUCCACAUGGAGAGUUUUAAUUCUGUGCUGACGUAGCAACCAUGUGUAUUCCAUUGGAUAUUCUUUUUGUAUGUGACUUCUGUAUACCAAGUGGAUUUUCUUUGUUUAAUUUUUUUUGCUGAAUUUUUUUUUUUCCUUUUGCAAUUACAAUAAAUAUUCAAGAGACUAUA